AAUCAUUUUUGUAUUUCUAACCCUCUCUUUCUCAUGCAAGCUAGCUUCUUCUUUCUAUUUAUAGCCCUUCUCCCUUCACCCACCAACACACCACAACUCCAAACUUUUUCCUCUUGUUCUCUUCUUCUUCAACACAACUAGUCAUAAUCCAGCUCAUCUCUCUCUCCCUCUCUCUUUGUUCUCUCUUUCUCUUUCUCCAAAAUGGCUCUAAACUACCCUUUUUUAACCUACUUCAUACUACUGCUAGUAACCAUAACCCGUUUGAUAUUCACUGUGGGAAAAACUGAGCAAUGGAAAGCUCCGAUUCUAUCAGAGCUUGACAUUGAUAACAUAUCCCACAAACUCCAUGAUGACCCUGAAACCAUUCAAAUGGCUUCAAGGGACUAUGGCCAUUUAACGCAUGAAUUCCCAUUAGCUGUGUUUCGUCCAUCUUCUAUAGAUGACAUAGUCACCUUGAUAAAAUCUUCGUACAAUAGCUUUGCCCCUUUUGACAUAGCUGCGAGGGGCCAAGGCCACUCCACUCAUGGACAAGCCAUGGCUCGUGAUGGGAUUGUGGUGGACAUGGCCAGCCUAAGAAAACAAAGAAAUGGGGUUGCGAUUAGUGUCUCUAAGGACCCUUUGAUGGGUCACUAUGCUGAUGUUGGAGGGGAACAACUCUGGAUUGAUGUGCUACAUGCCACACUUGAAUAUGGACUUGCACCAGUUUCUUGGACUGAUUAUUUGUACUUGACCGUGGGAGGGACACUUUCUAAUGCUGGAAUCAGUGGCCAGAGCUUCCGUUAUGGACCUCAAAUCAGCAACGUUCAUGAAAUGGAUGUCAUCACUGGAAAAGGAGAGUUCGUAACAUGCUCUUCACAGAAGAACUUGGAGUUAUUCCACGCGGUUCUUGGAGGCUUGGGACAAUUUGGAGUUAUAGCAAGGGCGAGAAUUGCUCUUGAGCCAGCACCCAAAAGGGUUAAGUGGGUCAGACUACUUUAUAGUGACUUUUCUGCUUUUACCAAAGACCAGGAACGAUUAAUCUCAAUCAAUGGAAGGAAACAAAAGAACGCAUUGGAUUUUCUGGAAGGGAUGCUGCUAAUGAACCAAGGUCCCAUAAAUAAUUGGAGAUCCUCUUUCUUCCCUCUAUCUGACCAUCCCAGAAUAGCUUCUUUAAUAACUGAACAUAGCAUCCUCUACUGUCUUGAAGUGGCUAAAUAUUAUGACGAACAAACCGAGUUAAAUGUGGACAAGGAAAUUGAAGUUUUGCUCCAAGGACUAGCCUAUAUCCCUGGAUUUAAUUAUGAGAAAAAUGUCUCGUACGUUGAGUUCUUGAAUAGGGUCCGAAGUGGAGAGUUGAAACUUCAGUCACAAGGACUGUGGGAAGUUCCUCACCCGUGGCUUAAUUUGUUUAUACCAAAAUCUCAAAUCUUGGAUUUUAAUUCAGGAGUAUUCAAAGAUAUAGUUCUUAAAAGAAACAUCUCCUCUGGACCAGUCUUGGUUUAUCCCAUGAAUAGAAACAAGUGGGACGAUAGGAUGUCAGCAUCUAUACCAGACGAGGAUGUUUUCUACACAGUUGGGUUUUUGCACUCAAGUGGGUUUGAUACUUGGAAGGCAUAUGAUGCUCAAAACAGAGAAAUUUUGGAGUUCUGUAGAGAUGCUGGCAUCAUGGUCAAGCAAUAUCUUCCCAACCACAGCACACAAGAAGAUUGGACAAACCAUUUUGGUGCUAAAUGGAUGAAAUUCUUAGAAAGAAAACAUCAGUUUGAUCCAAGAAUGAUUCUAUCACCUGGGCAAAAAAUCUUCCACAAAAAAUUACAGCCAGUGUUUUAAAUAUUUUCCCUAAUAAAAAAAGUAAAAAUGUUUUGUGGUGGGACUACCUCAAUUAGAUGGCUAGCUAGGGACAGGUGUACAUACAGUGUAACCAAGACCAAGAUGGCUUUUGUAUGCUAAAGUUUGCAUUGCUAGCUAGAGAAAUUAAUAAGGUGGGGCAUUAAAGGCUGCAUGAGUACUUUUGGCACCUAUUAUGCUACAUAUUACCUUAGAUACGUUAGGUUGACAAAGUCGUACUGGUAGGUACAAGAAGCACAGUUGUCUCUCACACUGUCUGUCACCCAACUUGCUAUAUAGUGUGUGGAGAAAUUCGGAUCAUAUUGAAGAUGCUGUGAGUUAUAGUCCUCCAAUAUUAAAUGUUUAACGAUUCUGUCUUUCUCUUAUAUAAUUUUGUUUUGCAUUA